AUAAUAAAAUUCACCGCGAUCAAUUAUAUCGAUGAAAUAUCGAAUUACUUAAACUAAUAAAGAACCUCGUUUAUUUAUUUGAUUGCGGAGUGAUAUUUAACGAGACUCAACGUGAGCGAUGGCGAAGAGCGUCGAUGAGGUUGCCUCAGCAGCACAUUUAACGCUAAAGAAAUGCCAGUCGCCAAUGGCGUCGAUGGAAACUCCGUUUGAAGCGAUUACGCAAAAAGGGUAUAUCGACAAUGCAGGAGUAGGUCAGCGCGGCUGCAUUAGCCGACAGAAAUAUUCAGAUAAAGAGGCUGGCGAUAGUGACUCGUCAGCGAUCGGCCAAGAAGCACGCGAGCAACGAGUAAUUUCGCCAACGCCCGACACGAUGAGCCGCCGCCGCCGCCGCUCCCCGCUGGUGCUGGUCCUCUGCUGCUGGUGCGCCGUCGGCGGCAGCGGGCGUCGCUUGCCGGAGGUGUCCAGCUUCGCGAAGGAGAUCGUCAUCCCGGAGGAGCAGGUGGCGCAGCGCGUGUGGCCGCCGGUCACCGAGGGCGGCAGCUUCGUGUACGCUACGUGCGACGCGAGCGACCCGGUGUACUUCCGCGAGAAGCGCUGCAACGUCAGCGUGGAGACGCCGGCGCUGUCCGGCGCGACCUUCAGGGACAGCUGUCCGGUGGUGGUGGCGCCGGACGGCGCGGGCCAGGAGGCGCUCUCCCACCUGCGCGUGCUGCCGUUCGGCGACGAGAGGGUGGUGCUGUCGUGGCUGCAGGCCGAGUGGCUGGGCGGCACUCCCACGGCGAAGCUCAAGAUUCUGGACAUGUCCAGCUGCAGCUCCGUCGACCUCGCUCUGCCCUCGGAUGCCGUUCCCUUCGUCGUGUCGUACGGCGGGACCACCAUGGACGUCGGCCUGCGCAGCGACGUCUACUGCGGCGCGACCGUGUGCAAGCUCAGGCUGAACGCCUCCGGGGAGAUCGUCGACGGUCCCAGCGCGAUCUUCGACGACGUCGACCUGCUGUUCUACUACGCGCUGACGCCGGUGCCCGCCGACUCCGAGGACGACGGCUUUUACCUGUCCGCCGCCUACAAGGAUCGAGAAGCGCUCCGCGAGCACGUGUUCAAGGUGGCGGCCGACGGCAGCAAGACGGAGCUGAUGUCGUUCUCGCCGGGACACUACAGCAGCUACUCGACCAGCCGGCGCAUGCUCAGCGUCUGCACGUCCACGGGCAACACCACCGUCACCUGCUAUCAGCACUACUCGGCGCUGAACCUGCUGACCAACAGGAGCCUCGAGUUCGAGGACGGCCCGCUGCAGCGCUGGUUCCAGCCUCACAACUUGAGGGACGGCGGCAUGCUCCUCGCGACCGGACGUGCGAGCGACGAGCAGGCCCGGCGCUACGACAGCUUCAGCGUGAUCAAGCUGUCCGCGAACGGGCGCAAGAGCCGUCCGCUCACCGUCCACGGCCUGGACUUCGCUUGCCGCCGCCUCGAGGCUCUGCUCGUCGUCGUGUCGGAGAGCGAGCACGACGACGACGUCUGCUUCAACUUCAGCUGCAGUCGCGGCGACGCCCUCAGGUUCGCGAGCAAGUGCCUGCCGAGGUCUCGCGUGGUCAUGUCGCCGCGCAGCCCGGCGGUCGUCAACUGAACGUCGCCGUACUUUUAAGUG